CGGGGAUUUCCCAUCCUAGCAUAGGUCAAUACUUAUCAACAAACCUUACCAUCUCCGCGAUUGCGCCGUGUUGGGUGAGAAGGCACUGGAAACCACUUUUUAGUCUAGCUAUAAGGUAUACUUAAUGGCAUGUUUGAAUCUAAGUGGAGGUUUUUUUUCACUCAACUUGGGAAAGAGAUGCAUUUUCAGCAUUGCAUUUGCAAAAGCCACCUUGACAAUUGUGCAUGCUCCACAUGCCAAACACAGACACACACGCGCGCGCGCACAACUCUUGGCGAGAUUGUCGGGAAUCACCGAACAUCGUUGUGCCGAUCAGGGAUCGGAAGGUCACAAGUACAGUACAGCCGUGUCUGAUAGUGGAAAUUGUGCACCAGCAGGUUGUGUUUCAGCAUCGCUGCAGCUAGCCAAUCAUCAUUCGUGACAUCUGUGCCUUGGGAGACGGAAGCCGCCGCUUGUAGAACCUCAACCGACACAAUAUGGCGUCCUUAGGGUGGUGGAUAACUUCAGUGGCAUUACUGUGCACUGGAAUUGGAGCGGAAAUCUUCGUUAUAAGCACUGACAAUGAGGAGGUAUGUACAACACGCUCGGGCGAGCCAGGCGUCUGUGUGUACCAGUACCUAUGCAAGGAUGGAGUGAUCAGCAAUUCGGGAGAAAUGAUUGUCGAUAUUAGACAGCAGCCUGACGACUGUAACGAUCAUUUGAUGCAGUGUUGUGCGGAAGCGAGCAAGCCAACAACACCGACCAGUUUGGGGGUCGAUGAAAAUGAAAGUUCCUCCACGACAGUCGCAUCGGUAACAGUGGAGCCAGCCGAUGAAGAUGGGAAUGAGACGACGUCACAAACUACAACUGACCAAUCUAGGCGGCCAACAGUGGACUUACCACCGUACGAAGUCGAAGGCUGCGGUCACCGUAAUCCGAAUGGUGUGAUCUUUUCAAUCGAAAACAACCAGUUCAGUGAGUCCGAGUAUGGGGAGUAUCCCUGGACGGUGGCCAUUUUUGCCCGCACGAAGAACAGCUCGCUGAAGUAUCUGUGCGGCGGUGCACUUAUCGAUCGGGCUGCGAUUCUCACUACGGGCACCUGUCUGCACGCGUACCGGUUCGACCUGACGCCGCUGGUGGUGCGAUUGGGCGAGUGGGACAUGAGCACCGUCCACGAACCCAUACCGCACACUGACAGUGAGGUGGAGAAAAUCUACAUACACCCACAGUACGGCAUGACCAGCAAGAUAAACGAUAUUGCGCUCGUUGUGCUGCGUGAUACGAUCGAACUGAGCCACACUAUUGGGGUAGUAUGUUUGCCACCGGCCAGCAGUAGCCCCAACGGAACGGAAGUGGUAGGUGUCGGGUGGGGCGAUGUUCCAAACUUCAUUGAACCCCCAAAGCUACCGCAGACAAUACUGAAGAAGGCGCAUCUGCUCCAUCUCCCGCACGAUCUAUGUCAGCAGAAGUUGCUCAAGCUAAUGGGCCGUCGAUACCAUCUGCAUCACAGUUUUCUCUGCGCGGAGGCACAGCAAUCGGAGAUGGUGCCCUGCCGGGGAGACACAGGCUCACCCUACGUUACGGAGACAUCGCAUGGUAGCGAACGGUACUAUUUGGUUGGUCUGAGCUCGUGGGGCUAUGACUGCAACAAACAAAGCCGAGCCCCGACGGUUCUGACCAAUGUGGCGUAUCAUCGGGAGUGGAUCGAUACGGUGAUAAAGGGUGAAGACCUCAACGUGUGGAGCUACACGUACGAACAGCCCACGGCCAAUGAUGAUGAGCAAGAAUAAAUGUUCCCGAGAUUUAGUAUUUUAUUGUAUUACCCA